UUGUUUGGGCAUUUGCAGCACUCACUCUAGUUAGGAUUCCCCGUACCGUCUUAGGCCAACCCACUGAGUUUCCUCUACUCACUCUCUCCCCCCUCCAGACUCGAAUCAUGGGCGUCAUCCAUUACAGUCACGAGAUCUCUUGCCCGAUUCAUCCAGCGAGGAUGUUCAAGGCCUUGAUCCUUGAUUCCCACAACUUGAUUCCCAAGCUCAUGCCUCAAUCAGUAAAGAGCAUAGAGAUCGUUGAAGGAGAUGGAGAGGCUGGAAGCAUCAAAAAGAUCAGCUUCACUGAAAGCAGCCAUUUCAAGUACAUGAAGCACAGGAUUGAUGCAGUUGACAAGGAGAACUACGUGUGCAAGUAUACUUUGAUUGAAGGUGAUGUAUUGGGAGACAAGCUCCAGUCAAUUGCCUACGAGGUUAAGUUCGAAGGAUCUGCCGAUGGGGGAUGUGUGUGCAAGAUGACGAGCGAAUACCACACCGUGGGUGACUUUGAGAUCAAGGAAGAGGAUAUCAAGGCCGGAAAAGAGAAAGCCAUGGCAAUGCACAAGGUGGUGGAAGCCCAUCUCCUGGAGAACCCCCAUCUCUAUGCUUAAUAUUCUUAUUGCUUCACUCUGCUCCAUGUGGGAGAUGAGACAGCACUGUGUGGGUGGAUGCUUGCUUUCUUUUCAUGAUUGAUUUUUCUUUUGGAAGUUUGGCUUGAAGAAUAAGAAAUCCAUGUCCAUCAUCAGUUGGAUAUUGUUUGAAUAAUAUUUGAUUAAUACAAAUACAUUUUGUGGGUUUUGGAAUUCA